AUGGCGGCGGUGAUUAUCGACGAGGGACUGGCGGCGGAGGUGGCGGCGCGAGAGCAGACGGACAAAUGGAAGGUGAGGAGGAGUGAUCGACCCUCCACUCCUUCCCCUCACCCAGCACUCUUUCCCCUCACCCAGCACUCCUUCCCCUCACCCAGCACUCCUUCCCCUCACCCAGCACUCCUUCCCCUCACCCAGCACUCCCAUUCCCUCACCCAGCACUCCUUCCCCUCACCCAGCACUCCUUCCCCUCACCCAGCACUCCCAUUCCCUCACCCAGCACUCCUUCCCCUCACCCAGCACUCCUUCCCCUCACCCAGCACUCCUUCCCCUCACCCAGCACUCCUUCCCCUCACCCAGCACUCCUUCCCCUCACCCAACACUCCUUCCCCUCACCCAGCACUCCUUCCCCUCACCCAGCACUCCCAUUCCCUCACCCAGCACUCCUUCCCCUCACCCAGCACUCCUUCCCCUCACCCAGCACUCCUUCCCCUCACCCAGCACUCCUUCCCCUCACCCAGCACUCCCAUUCCCUCACCCAGCACUCCUUCCCCUCACCCAGCACUCCUUCCCCUCACCCAGCACUCCUUCCCCUCACCCAGCACUCCUUCCCCUCACCCAGCACUCCUUCCCCUCACCCAGCACUCCUUCUUCUCACCCAGCACUCCCAUUCCCUCACCCAGCACUCCUUCCCCUCACCCAGCACUCCUUCCCCUCACCCAGCACUCCCAUUCCCUCACCCAGCACUCCUUCCCCUCACCCAGCACUCCUUCCCCUCACCCAGCACUCCUUCCCCUCACCCAGCACUCCCAUUCCCUCACCCCUCCCUACGCUCCUCCCCCCACCCGCGCCCCUCCCCUCCCCUUUCCCUCCCCACUCCCCCCCCAUUGCCCCCUCCUCCGCCAGGCCUUGGCGGAGGAGCUGCGCCUGGAUGCGGCGUCCGCGCUGGCGCUGGCCAUGGAGGAGUUCGAGGAGGUGCAGAGCGGUACCGGGGUGGCGGCAGCGGAGAUGUCCGUGCUGCUGUGCACGGACGCUUGUAUCAGGGAGCUCAAUAACGAGUGGCGGGGUGUAGAUGCGCCCACGGACGUGCUCUCCUUCCCCCAAGACCAGCCUCCGGGACUCUCCCCUCUGUUGCUUUUAGGCGAUGUGAUUAUAUCGGUGGAGAUGGCACAGCGGCAAGCCAAUGAGAGAGGGCAUUCGCUUUUGGACGAGCUUCGCAUUCUCAUGGUGCACGGCAUGCUGCAUCUGCUAGGGUACGACCACGAGGCACCAAAGGGAACUUCGCAGGGCGCUGCUGACUCAGUGAUGUCAGAAGCUGAGCUGGCGGCGGCGGUGCGUGAGUCAGCAGAACAGAUGGCAACAGAGGAGCUGCGGAUUUUGGAGGCGUUUGCGUGGCGGGGGAUGGGGUUGGUGGCAGCUGCUAUUGGGGAGGAGGGGGGAGGAGUGGGGGGGGGAGAGGGAAGAGGGGAGGCAGGAGGGGAGGGAGGAGAGAAGGGAAGAGCGGAGGGAGGAGGGGAGGAGGGUGAGAAGGGGGGUGUGAAGGCGAGGAUGACAAGGAUUGGCAUGGUGCAAGGUGUGUGGGGAUGGGUGCAAGGGGUGGCGAGGGAUGGAAAGAGGGAUGGUGUGAUGUGCAACGAGAGUGAGCGUGGGCUCUCAAUUAACACACACCAAAUGCGUCUGUCUGCUCCUUCCGUUGCUUCCGCUGCCAGGCACACUGCCAGGCACGCUGCUCCACAGCGCCAGCAACCCACAGUGGAGGCCCCGAGCGCUCACAUGCCAAGGGCGUGCACUGUACCACGCCUCUCAUCUGCAUUCUCCUCCCAUAUUCCUUCCUUUCCCCCCCGCAUCUGCCUCCCAGGCACGCUCCUCAACAGCGCCAGCAAGAUCGCUCCAUCCACAGCGGAGGCACUGAGAGCAGCACACGCCAGGGGCGUGCGCGUGGCCAUAGCCACGGGGAAGGCGAGGCCAGCUGCCAUGUCCGCCCUGGGCGCUGCCGGGCUGGUUGGUGCUGCUGGCAUCUUCAGCGACAAGUCCCCGGGGGUGUUCCUGCAGGGUCUGAGGGUUUAUGGCAAGGGAGGCCAGGUGGUGCACAACGCGCUGCUGCCCAGCGAGGUCACUCAGGAGGGCUUUGAGUUCGCUCUGAAGCACGGCAAGGCGCUGAUUGGCUUCUGCGGGGACCGCUGUGUGACACUUGUCGAUCACCCAUUGGUGGAGGCGCUGCACACCAUCUACUACGAGCCACGGGCGGAGGUGAUGCCGAGUGUGCACCACAUCAUUAACGAGACCCCCAUCCAGAAGUUACUCUUCUACGACACGCCGCAUGGCAUUGACGGCUUCAUUCGUCCUUUCUGGUCGGCCGCUACAGCCGGCCGUGCUACAGUGACCCAGGCAGUGCCAGACAUGCUGGAGAUCCUGCCGCCCGGGCAAUCCAAGGGGGCGGGAGUGCGAGUGCUGCUGGACCAUCUCAAGCUCUCUGCUGAGCAGGUUAUGGCGAUUGGAGAUGGUGAGAACGAUCUUGAAAUGAUUGAGAUGGUGGGUUGGGGAGUGGCUAUGGCGAAUGGUUCCGAGAAGACCAAGGCUGUUGCCAAGGCCACAGUUGCAAGCAACGACGAAGAUGGGAACGUGCAGGAAUCCGCAAAUGGCUCGAGCGCCGCGUCGACGCCGCGCAGCCACAAGGAGAUGGAAGCACUCGCGUACUCAUCCGGCCAGAGCCUCGCGUCGGUUCUUAACGACCCGCGCCUCGGCAAGGCCGGAAUUUACGGAACCGAGAACGCGUGGACCUGGAUUACCGCGCAGCGGCCGCUGGAGCCGGUUCUAGAGGGUCCUCCGCCUUUGCCGCCGGAAAUUCAGGAUUUUCCCAUGUCGGAAUUUCAGCCGUAUUUGCAGCGGAUGCGGGAGCCGUACGGACGAUUCGUGGACGUACAGGAACAUUCCACGUGGGAGUUGGCCACUGGGGAGGCACCAGGUGCUGACGUGGACAGCGAAGGGAGAGAGGAACGGAAAGGGAAGGGUAUUCUAGCAUCGCGGUCAGAAGACCUUGUCGAGGUGCACUUAGUUAAAGAAAUCUCUUCUCGCUCCGACUCGUUCUUCGAGGCCCUGGAAAAACUGGAAGAUCUGAACCGUGGGAUCGUGGAGACGUGCGAUCGCAUCCGUCUGUUGCGCGGCACGGUGGGGAUGCUGGACGAGGAUCUGCUGGAAGGAUCGCGGAAGCUGCAGUCGACCAAGGUUCGGCGGGAGAAUCUGCUGCAGCUGCAUCAGAAGCUGAAGCUGGUGGCAUUCGUUCACCAGGCCAUGGCGACAUUGAAGCUGCUGGUGUCCUCGGGCGACUGUGCGGGCGCGUUAGACGUGAUGGACGACUUGAGGCGCCUCAUGGAGGGGCAGGAGCUGGCCGGGCUGCACUGCUUCCGCCCCCUCAACGACCUCCUCCUCUCCUCCUCCGACGCCGUCAACAGCCUCCUUACAGCUGACUUUGUCCGGGAAGCAGUGCACGAUGAUGCUGACGUGGCGCCUUCCGCCAUAGUCACCAGCUUCAACCUGCAGAAGAGCGUGCCCCCAGCUGCAACGCUGCUCUCUAUAGUCAACCUCGAGCGGGAGGGCAUGGAGGAGAGGGAGGCUCGCCUGAGGGAGCAUCUGCUGCCACUCGUCAUCAGCCUGCUGCGAACGUCGCGCCUGCCGGCAGUGCUGCGGGCCUAUCGGGAUGCAGUGAAUGUGGACAUCAAGGCGGCCGUGAAGACGGUGGUGGGCGAGCUGCUGCCGCUGCUCUUCCUGCAGCACGCCGCCGCUGCUGCUGCUGGCGGGGCGCCGGGUGGUGCAGGAGGAGAGGGGGGCGACGCUGCAGCCGAUGCCCUCAAUGCCUUCUUUCAACCAACUAACAUGUACCUAUUCAAUCAACCCUCACCGUCCUCCCACUCUCCUUCCCCAACUCACCCCUCCUUCCCCUCUCCCCUCCCUGCCACCUCCCCCUCCACCCCCAACCCAGCGCCAUCGCUCGCCCUCAAGCUCCGUGCACUUGCCCCCCCUGCCUUUGUCCACUUGCUGCUGGCCGUCUUCUCUGCCGUCCAGACCCGCCUCGUGCGGGCGGCAGCCGUUCGGAACGUAGUUUCUGGCAUUGCCACCGCCGGAGUUGCGGCCGGUGCUGCAGCUGCGGCUGCCGAGCCUGCCGUGGGGUACGAGGCUGCUGCCGUGGCUGCGGCGUUUGCUUCGGGGGCAGAGCUAGUGGUGGCUGCCGAGGCUGCUGAGUCAAAGCUGUUGGGGAGGAAAGGGGUGGGGAAAGGCUUGGGAGGGGGAGGGGCGGCAGGAGGCGUUGGGGGAGCAGCUGGGAGCGGAGAGGCAGCAGGGGGCGAUGUGAGCAGCGUGACUGCUUUAGCCACGUCCAAACAGCUCAGAGCGGACGUGCUGAGGGAGAAUGCAGAGGCAGUGAGCGAUGCAUGCGAGGUGGCGCACGGGAGGUGGGCGAAGCUGCUGGGUGUGCGAGCACAGGUGCACCCGAAGCUGUCGCUGAGCGACUUCGUGGACAUGUAUGCUGUGACUUCAGACUUCAUCGCAUCAACGGAAAGGGUGGGCGGCAGGCUGGGCUACAGCAUACGGGGCGCGCUACAGUCGCAGGCCAAGGCGUUUGUGGAGACACACCACUCAAGAGAGAUGGCGCUCAUCCUCUCACUGCUCAACAAGGAGACAUGGACGGCUGUGGAUGCCACUCCUCACACUCAAGCCCUCGUCGACUUCUUUUGCACUUUCCUGGAUCCUUCUGCCGAAGCCGCUGCUGCUGCCGCUGCUGAUGCGGCUGCUGCUGUUGCUGCUUCUGAUGCUGCUGCUGCUGCUACUGCUGCUGCUGCUGAUGCCGCUACUGCUGCUGCUGCUGCUGCUGCUGCUGCUGCUGCUGCUGCUGCUGCUGCUGCUGCUAAUGAGGCCGCCGCUGCUGCUGCUGCUGAUGCUGCUGCUACUGCUGCUGCUGUUAAUAUGGCUGCUGCUUCUGAUGCUGCUGCGGCUGCUGUGGAUGGCUAUAGGGCUGCAGAUGAGGCCGCGCGGGACACUGCAGCGGCCAAUGGGCCGAUGACAGGUGGCGGUUUAGCACAGGCUGGGGAUGGUCUGAGGGAAGAUGGGGCACAAGAAUCGGUGCAGCUAGAGCAGGCAGCAGAGGGUGAUAUGAGUGAAGGGCAAGGGCAGGCGAAUGCCAGAAGAAGGGACGGUAGUGUGGCGACUGAGGGAGGGAGAAGAGAAGGUUGCGAGGGUGGAACGGAGGUUGGUGGAGAUGGGGUAGGUGUCAUGGGGCAAGGAGGAGCAACAGGAAGAGGGGAGGCUGAGACGGUAGGGGCGGAGGGGGUGGAGAAGGGAGGGGAGUUGAGGAGGGAGGGAGGUGAGGGAGAAGCAGAGGGGUUGCAGCGAAGGGAGACGGUGCCAGGUGCAGCUGCUUCGGCUGCUGCAACCGCUGCUGGGGAGGCACCACCUGUUGCUGCUGUAGCACCUGCACCACCAACGGAAGCAGCAGCGCCAGCAGCAGCUUCUUCUGCUGCUGCUGCUCCUGCUGCUGCCUCUCCUGCGCCUGCCUCUCCUGCUGCUGCUGCUCCUGCUGCUGCUGCUGCCUCCCCUGCUUCCCCUGCCACUGGAUCGGCAGAGGGGCCGAAGGCACAGAAGAGGGCAGCUGUGAAGACUGUCGUGUGCCGGGGAGUGAAAUACCAUGUCACUGGCAGUGCAUGCACGCUGCUCUCAGUCACUCGCGAGUACGUGGCAGUGGCGGAGGCGCUCCCCUCGCUGGCAGGGGAGGUGGUGCAGCGACUGGCCGACGUGCUGAAGCUCUUCAACUCGCGCACCUGCCAGCUCGUGCUGGGUGCUGGCGCCAUGCAGGUGUCAGGGCUGAAGACCAUUACAGCGAAGCACCUCGCACUCUCCAGUCAAUGCAUCUCCCUCGUCUAUGCUCUUAUCCCCGACCUGCGGCGCAUUCUCUCUGCAUUCAUCCCGGAUGCGCGGCGAGGGCUCGUCAUAACGCACCUCGACCGUGUGGCUCAGGACUACAGGGUGCACAGGGACGAGAUCCACAGCAAGCUGGUGGCGAUCAUGAGGGAGCGCCUGCUGGUGCACAUGCGCUCGCUGCCCGCAGUUGCUGACACCUAUUGCCGCCCGGACGACUCCCCUGCCGAGCAGCAGCCCUCCAACUUCGCUCGCGCCCUCACCAAGGAGGUGGGCGUGCUGCAUCGCAUCCUCUCCCCUCUGCUGCUCGAGGCCGACCUUCGCUCCAUCUUCUCUGCUGCCAUACCCGCAUUCCCCUUCUCGUCCUCCGGUCUCUCAGCCAUGCCCCUCCCCCUCUCAACCUGCCAUCAACCACGCCUCAUCUUCAUUUAUUCUCCUCUCCUCUCCUUGCCCCUUGUGCCUGUCCUGUGGGUGUGCGCACGCACGUGUGUGUGUGUGGGCGCACAACACACCAGGCGGGUGGUGGCACUGUUCCACGUGCAGCUCGCCGACUCCUUUGCCAAGAUCGACACACCCACACCGCAGGCCAAACGCAGGUCAGAGGGGAAGUGGGGGAGGGAGGAGGAGGGUGGGGGGGAAAGAGGGUUGCUUGAUGCACUCGUGCGUUGUUGA